UUCCUUCUCCAGACACAACUCCACAACAGCACAAAAAAGCUUCGAUCACAGACGAGCAGCAAAUCAUUUAGACGAGUAGCGAAUCCAUGGGAGAGGGGAUGAAGCGCGCAAGGGAGAAGGAGCCAGCAGCGUCGCUGGCGCUGUCUCUCAUCACAGACUCAUCGACGUCCACCACAACCUCGGCCGACUCGGCCGGUGCGCCGGCGGCAGCGCCCAGGAAGAGGGCACGGCGAGGGAGGGUAGUGGCCACUUCGGGGGAGGGAGAGUUCGUCUGCAAGACUUGCGGGCGCGCCUUCGAGACGUUCCAGGCGCUCGGCGGCCACCGGACCAGCCACCUCCGCGGCCGCUGCGGGCUGGAGCUCGGCGUCGGCGUCGCCAGGGCCAUCGGGGAGCGGCAAAGGCACGACGACAAGCAGCAGCACGACUGCCAGAUCUGCACACUGGGCUUCGAGACAGGCCAGGCGCUCGGCGGGCACAUGCGGCGGCACCGCGAGGAGAUGGCGCUCGACCGGUGGGUCGCGCUGUCGGAUCAGGAGGCGGGGCACCAGGCCGCCGCCGACCGGCUGCCUGUUUUGCUCGAGCUGUUCGUCUAGCCUGCUAGCUGGAUCUCAAUGCUUGUUAGUUCAGGACUUGUUUGUUCAACGUCGUAUAGAGUACGUAUUUGCUGAUUAGCGUUCCCGUUCGUGCUGGAUAUUUGCUUUGGAUCGGUCCAUUUUCUAACCGAUUGACUGAAGGUUUACAUGCACUUGUA